AAAUGGAAAAAGAAAAUAAAAAAAGAAGAAAACACAAUUGGGUUAAGGUUAAGAAGGACAACCACAAAAACACAGAUUUUUAUUAUCAACAGUCAUCACUGCUCAUCAUCAUCAUCAUCAUCAAUCAUUCUCCUCCUCCACCCUCCUCCCUCCUUCUCCACCUCCUCCUCCUUCUCUAUCUGCAUCUCUCUCUCUCCACCUCAAACCCCAAAGAAAGAAAGAAAAAAAAAAAAAAGAAUAGGAAAAGGAAACCAUCAUCCAUUUUCCCCUUAAUUGAAACCCCACCACCAAAUCCAUCACUUCUAUGGCUAAAUACAUCACCAACAACAACAACAACAACCUCUACAAAACCCUAACUGCACAAGCUUCAUAACUCUGUCUUUCUUUUCUUUUAGUUUUUUUUUUUUAAAAAAAAAAAAAACAAAAGGAAAAGAACUUGCUUUUUUCAUUAACUUGAAAAAUUAAAUGUUUGAGCCAUGGACAUAGCCCCAACAACAACUUCCACCACCAACACCAACACCAACAUCAACACCAACACAAAUACUCCAACUACAAAAUCACCUGACCAAGAAACUGAAACUCCAACUCGGAUCCAACCACCAAAGCCUUUAUCUUUCACAAACGGUGUCCUCAAGCGGCAUCACCACCACCACCACCACCAUCACCACCUUUCGGCUCCACCUCCUGUUGUCAUAACCUACAAAGAAUGUCUCAAGAACCACGCAGCUACUUUAGGUGGUCAUGCUCUAGAUGGUUGCGGAGAGUUCAUGCCUUCGCCUACAGCUACUCACACCGACCCAACUUCUUUAAAGUGCGCUGCCUGCGGUUGUCAUAGGAAUUUUCACCGCCGGGAGCCGGAAGAUUCUCCCCCUCCUCAUCAUCCUCAUCCUCAUCAUCAUCCAGUUAAUACCACCACAACAAUUGAGUACCAGCCACACCACCGUCACCACCCUCCACCUCCACCUCCGCAAGCAGCGCAACCAUAUCGAAGCCCCAAUUCAGCUUCUCCACCACCGAUCUCGUCUUCAUAUCCAUCUGCACCCCACAUGCUGCUGGCGCUCUCAGGAGGCGUGAAUGAAAAUUCAGGUCUGCAUAUAGGUGGUGGUGGUGGUGGUUCUUCGGGGAGGAAAAGAUUCAGAACAAAGUUUAGCCAGACCCAGAAAGAAAGAAUGCAUGAGUUCGCGGAGCGAGUUGGAUGGAAGAUGCAGAAAAGGGAUGAAGAAUUGGUUCAGGAAUUUUGCAACGAAGUUGGUGUUGACAAAGGUGUGUUGAAAGUAUGGAUGCAUAAUAACAAGAACACUUUUGCUAGGAGAGAUGCUAAUGGGCACAAUGGGAAUAGCAUUGACAGAAGCAAUCUUGAUCAAGAUAUCCACGACAACAAUAACAACAGCAGUGAGAAUGUGAAUCACCGUCAUCACCAUCAACAUUUUGAGAAUGACAGUGUUGCUCAUGUUGCUACUAAUGGGUCUUCUUCAUCUUCUUGAUCUUUUGAUUUGGGGGCGAUCGAUCGAUGAUGAUGAUGGUGAUGAUCAUUAUCAUAAUAAUAAAAAAAGAAAAAUGUUAGCUAGAAUAGAAGAGUAAGCAUUGUAGUAGUUGUUUUUCAUUUCUUUUCAGUUCUUAAUCUCUUCUCUGAUUUUGUUUUCUUCUUCUUUUUAGUUUAAUUAAUUAAUGAUGAUCUUCACUUUGUUCAGGGGGUAACAUGGGAGAUAUUUGAUGCAAAGGGAAAAAAAUUCUUUCUUUCUUUCUUUCUCUUUUUUUUUUUGGUGGGUUCUUGAGAGUGAGUUCCAUUACUGUGCUUAGUUGUUUUCUUGUUAGUAUUCAUUUUGGUUUUAGCUUCA